AAGGUCAAGUAAAACGUCAAGCACAUCUUAACCUCAAUCUAUCCAGUGAAAUUGUAUUCCACGUAAGCAAUCCUUUAUAUUAAUUAAUUGAAAAUGAACGGCUGUUUGAUGGAACCAACUUUAUAUACAGUGAAAGGUAUAGCUAUACUCGACAAUGAUGGUAACAGAAUUUUUGCAAAGUACUACGAUAAAAAUGCAUUUCCUACUGCUACAGAACAAAGAACCUUUGAAAAAAAUCUUUUUAAUAAAACACACAGAGCCAACGCAGAAAUAAUUAUGUUGGAUGGCUUAACUUGUGUAUAUAGGAGCAAUGUGGACCUGUUCUUUUAUGUGAUGGGUUCUUCACAUGAAAACGAACUGAUUUUGAUGAGUGUGUUGAAUUGCUUGUAUGACUCUAUUAGUCAGAUAUUAAGAAAAAAUGUAGAAAAGAGAGCUGUUAUGGAAUCACUUGAUAUUGUUAUACUAGCAAUGGACGAAAUAUGUGAUAAUGGGAUCAUACUUGAUGCAGAUUCAAGUUCAAUUGUUUCUAGAGUGGCUUUACGUACAGAUGACAUUCCAUUAGGGGAACAAACAGUAGCACAGGUACUACAAUCUGCCAAAGAACAAUUAAAGUGGUCUCUAUUAAAGUAAGUUUAAUUGACUUAUUUUACUUUACUGUAAAAGAAACUUAUCAAGGGGUAAGAUAAUUAUUUAGGCCACUUGUAUUUUGCUUCUUUCAAAAAUUAAAGUUUAUUUGUAACA